AUGUAUGAGAACCAUCCUUAUGAUAUAGACGCAGAAAUAGAUAAAUUACUAACAGUUGAAUCGUUCAGAGCAAAUAAUUUUACAUUAGCAGUUUUUAUUGAAACAUUGAGCAAAUCAUGUAGUAUAGAAAAUCAAGAAUCAGCACAAAAUUUUAAUCCAAAACCUUAUAUCCGUGUUUUUGAAGCAACUCUUGAUCGUCUAGUUGCUAUGAAUUCAGAAAUAUUGAAAAAUAUAAAAGAUAAUGAAGUACAAGCUAAGAAAGCAGAUGUAGACCAUUCUUUAAGAGUAAAGAAAAUAAAGGAGAAAUUUGAUAAUUUGGUUAAAGAGUUUAAUAUUUUAGAAAAUAAGGUGAAUGCAUCAGGAAAAUUUGCAAUUGAAAUAGGGAAACAAUUUGAGCAAAUAGACAAAGAAAAUUCUAAAGCACAAGAAGGAAAGCUUUUAAUUCAAUCUUAUGUUGAGAUUGUAAAAGGCAACUUUGGUUCUUUAGAGGAACUUCGUCUAGCAAAUACUAUAGAAUCACAAGCAUUAUGUGCUUCUUUGACUAGAAAUCUUCAUGUUUUAACUAAAGAUAUUAAUCUUUCUGGGUCAUCUAAAACGAUUGAAGCAUUAGAAAAGUUUUCUGAAGUGCUUGAAAAAGAUCUUUUACAACAUUUUGAUAGAGCAUAUAGAGCAGGAAAUUUAGAGCAUAUGGCUAAAUAUGCAAAAAUUUUAUUUGACUUCAAUGGGGGAGGCUCAGUAGUAAGGAAUUUCGUUAAUCAACAUGAUUUUUUUAUUGCUCCAAAGAAUCUUGAGAAUUAUGAUAUUAAUAAAGAUGAUAAAAUAUGGAAAAAACUCUCUGAUCCUGAUGUAAAUAUUUCAGAAAGUGAUCUUUUAAUUGAGUCAAAUCUUCAAUCUCUUAUUAACUUGGUUCGAAAAACUGUGAAAACAGAAUAUAAAAUUAUUCGGAAUGUUUUUCCGAACUCAUCUGCAGUAUUUCAGGUUUUUUUACAAAGAAUAUUCGCUCAAUCAAUACAAUUACGAUUAGAAGAAAUUAUUGGAUAUGCUGAAUUAAAUUCUACGUUAGCUUAUCUUCGUGUGUUACAAGCAACACAUAGUUCUUUAACAAACCUUGUUGAAGACCUCAAAUCCUUUGAACAAAUGUUUAUGUCGUCUGAUUUAACUAAUGAAUCAUCCAGUUUAGCUAGUUAUGUCUUAGAGCAAUGUUUAAAUGAUUUAUUUGUCCCCUAUUUAGAAGGAUCUCGGUAUAUUGAGAAAGAAAAGAAAUCUUUAGAUGAGCUAUAUAGUUCUUUUCUUUGCAAUUUUAAUGCUUACCAUACUCAAAAAAGAGCCAUGAAAAACUCCACUGUAUUGGAUAGAGUUGUAAGCCGUUUUCAGGCUGCUACUAUAUCUUCUCAAUCAACCUCUGCUUCUGGACGAGAUGCUGAAGGAAGUUCUGGUACGGAGCAGGGCAGUGUACAAAUGUUAUUUCGAUUGGCUGGACUAGAAAAGUCAAAUACUAAUAAAGAUCGUAAAGAAAAAGGUGAAUCUAGGUCAGACGAGCUUGAAAUACACGAAAGUGAUGGGAAAGUUUCUUUUGAAUGUGUUAAUAGGAUCUUAAAAUGGAAUGCAGAAACCAUUGGUAGAGUUGUUGAAUUAUUUCCGCAGAGUGAACUUGCAAAAGACUCAUUUUCAAUACUUAAAGUACUUUUUGAAUACAUUUUUUCAAAUUACUUGAAUAUAAGUUUAGAAACAAUUUUUGACACAAUUGAUUCCUAUGAUGGGAAAAGUGAACCUGAAUUAAAGUAUUUCGAUGAAUUAAAGCAAAUGACAAUAAUUAUCCAUUUAUUUUCAACAUAUCUUAAUACUAUUGUUCUUCCUGUUGUUUCUUUUUCUCUUACUUUAAGAAGAGAUAUACUUAUUUCCGCUAAUAAUAGCAUUUCAGAAGUUGAAAACAAAAUAAAUUUAAUAAUUGAAAAAUCAGUUGAAAUAAUUUUAAAUUGGGUAUCUGUUUUGCUUGGGAAACAAAAAAAAAACGAUUUCAAGCCUAAAGAUGAUGAUAAAAGAAUGGAAAAUUUAAGUACUGAGCCAUGUAAAUCGAUUGUACAAUUUAUUUCUAAGGUUUAUAAUAUUGUCAGUGAUAAUCUCAUGGAAUCAAACCUUGAAAAUUUUCUUGUUAUUUUUGGGACAUCUUUUCUUAAAGCUUUAUUGGAGCAUUUUAAAAAAUUUUUUGUAAGUCCUUCAGGAGGAUUAAUAUUAACAAAAGAUUUAACCGAAUAUGAAAAAUGUAUAAAGUCUUGGGGAAUUCCUAAGUUAAAUGAAAAAUUUAAAUUACUUCAUGAACUUGGUAAUAUUUUUAUCGUUAGACCAGAUAUUUUAAGAUCUUUGCUUAAUGAAGGAAUGUUAGCUCGUAUUAACUUAAAAUAUCUGAUACCAUAUAUUUCAAAAAGAACAGACUACUAUACUACAGAUAUUAAUAAAAUUAUUUUAAAUGAAGAAAUUCAUGAUUAA